AUGCCGUCGUCCAGCAGCCGCAGAGAUGUGCAUCAAAUAACGACAACAGACAGGCACUAUCGAUGCAGACCUCGGCCGACUCGCUUCCAGGGCCCUGUUUACGGCCAGUAUUGGCUGCCACGCAGGCAGGCUGCCACAAAGCACGACGGAACACGCGACUCGCAGCCCUUGCGCAAGCCGCUGCGGGUGAGGCGCCUUCUGCCAGGGGAACUGGGCGCCAGAGCGGAAAGGGACGCGCCGCGAGGUGGCUCUAGCGCCGUUCUGUUCUUGUGCCAACACACGCUGAAACUCGUCCUGGACGACUCAGCUCUGGACCUCGACGAAGACCCUUGCGCGCCAGCAAGCCUCGGUCGCGAAAGUCAUGCCACACUAGGAGACCCUCGAGUGGGUGGCGCCGAUGGCUCGGGAGCGGGAGUCGAGUCGAGGCCGAGCGUCUGA